GCUCCACGCACCGUCAGCUGCCGAUUGUCGAGACAUCCUUUCUCCCGCCUGUUAAUUACCUGCUCUGGGAAUCUCACGCAAAGUGCUGCGGAGACGGGGAGCAAGGAACCAUCGCCCACUUCCACCCCCACCGGCUGUCUGGGGGUGUCAGGCUCACGAAGAUGGCUAACAGAGGCCCGAGCUAUGGUUUAAGCCGCGAGGUGCAGGAGAAGAUCGAGCAGAAGUAUGACGCGGACCUGGAGAACAAGCUGGUGGACUGGAUCAUCCUACAGUGUGCCGAGGACAUAGAGCACCCGCCCCCGGGCAGGGCCCAUUUUCAGAAAUGGUUGAUGGACGGGACGGUCCUGUGCAAGCUGAUAAACAGUUUAUAUCCACCAGGACAAGAACCUAUCCCCAAGAUCUCAGAGUCAAAGAUGGCUUUUAAGCAGAUGGAGCAGAUCUCUCAGUUCCUGAAAGCGGCCGAGGUCUAUGGUGUUAGGACCACUGACAUCUUUCAAACAGUGGAUCUGUGGGAAGGGAAGGACAUGGCAGCUGUUCAGAGGACUCUGAUGGCUCUAGGCAGCGUUGCUGUUACCAAGGAUGAUGGCUGCUACAGGGGAGAGCCAUCCUGGUUUCACAGGAAAGCCCAACAGAAUCGGAGAGGAUUUUCAGAGGAGCAGCUUCGCCAGGGUCAGAAUGUCAUAGGCCUGCAGAUGGGCAGCAACAAGGGCGCGUCCCAGGCAGGCAUGACGGGGUACGGGAUGCCCCGGCAGAUCAUGUAAGAUGCCACAGUUUGCUCCCUGGUAGAGAGGACAAAUGUUCCACACCACAGUUCGUGACAAAGAAUUAGAUAGUCACCUUCUCUUUCUCAAAGCCUUCUGUCCCCUGUUCUUGCAAGUGCUGCAUUUCUGCUGAGAGUCCACGCUGCCUACUGCUGCCACCUUUCCUUCCUUUAGAACUAUGCAAAGACUCCGCUUCCUGUUUCUGACCACCUGUGCCCUAAGGUCUCUGUUUGUUUGAUUAUUUAUUUAUUUAUUUGCCAAAAAAAUAUUUCUCUCCUUGACUUACAGAACAAACCUAAUAAACAAAUUAGUCUGUGUU